AUGCCCUUUACAGUGAAAACGCAGGACUCUUUGAUCUUUUCGUACCAAGAAGCACCAUUACCAAAUACAUUGUCCACAUCACCAUUCAAUGUUUCACUAACUAAUAAAGUACGUACACAAGCCGGCAUAACUAAUCGAUGUCAGGCAAAAGAGGAUUUGGGUUCUGAUUUGUUAGGAAGAGCACAGGCGACAAAAGCAGUUCAAAUGUGUUUCAAUGAGACAUUACAAAGAAUAUUGACAGGUAGCAGAACUUAUGUGGUACUGGAAAGUAUGGAUACUUUAUGGGAGCUACACAGUCAUUUUCUUUCAAAAUCAGAACGUUUGCAUGAGUUAAUAAAUACUUCAGAUCAGUCAGAGUAUUGCAGGAACAAAUCACCAAAGACAGCAGACAUUUGCCAAGCAGCAGGCUUGUAUCACUGUGGUAGGAAAGAUACUUGUGAAUCCAAGUGUGACAAGUUAAUGAAGUGUAAUCUGUGCAGUAUACAUAAUAAGGAGAACCGCUGGGCCACAACUCAAAUAAAAACUCUGAAGAGAAUGAUCAGUUUGAAGCUUGAUGUGAAAGACCCACAUGUUACCAAAGAAGGUUUUUCUAUAGCACUAGGAAACCUAUAUAAUGAUAAGCCAGAAGUGGAAGCAGAACAUAUUUUGGGAGUCUUUGCAGCUGCAGGAGUUCUGAAAUUCAGAACAUUAUUUAAAAAGUGUGCAAUUGUUAUGCUAGAAAACAUAAAUACCGCCACAGUUUGUCACUUCCAUCAAGUUGCUAUGAAGUAUAACCAAGACAGGCUGAAACGAGCCUGUGAGAGAUGGCUUGAAUUAAAUCUUAUAGUGCAUCUACGAUAUGAGGUCACUCUGAGAGAUUUGAAUAUGGAGGUCCUGCGAAACAUUUUAUUAUCACCAAGAUUGUUUACAUUUACUGAAUACCACGUAUUGCAGACCAUCCUCUCCUGGAUAUUUCUUCAGGUGAACACUGAGAUACGGUUAAUGCCACUGUACAGUACAAUCGUAGCCUAUUUUAUCAGUUUGCAAAACAUGGUCGUCUAUCUGGAAAAGGAGAUUCGUCAAAAGUAUUUUGGAUUGUUUCAGACUGUCCGUCUACAUGGAAUAACUGAAACUCAACAGAUUGAGGAGCUACAGAAGACUAAUUUGUUACCCCAAACCAUCUUGUUGCAAGUUGUCACACACAACUAUUAUGCACUACAACACGGUGGAGACAUGCCACGUGCAAAAUACUUUCCCUCUGAAGCAAUCCGAUUUGGUUUCAUGUUGACAGAGGAACCACGGUACUGGUCAGAAAUUAUUUCCUACUGUGGAUUUUAUUUUGAACUCAAAGCUAUUCAAGAGAAAAAGGGUCCCAGUUACAGCUUCUUCAUGCAGAGAUUAAAUCACGCAGACACAAAUUUACCUUAUGGAAUUACUGAACGCAAGGCUUUCAGCUUGAGACAGGAACGUGAAUUGAAAUAUGAGAUCAUGGUACAGACAAUGAUAGAUGAAGAAUGGCAAGUCUUUACCACUGGUUACUCACGUCAGAAAUUUGGUAUUACCAAAAAGUCCUGCCAAAGUGAGGUUCUGUUGGUGUCUGGGCUGACAAUGCCUGUUUAUGUGACAUUUGCUCUUCUUUUUCCUGUAUCUUGAAGAAAACGAGUAAAGCAAUUAGAAAAACAACUUUGGACAACAAUGCUCAAAUCAUGACUAUUUGA